GUGGGGGUGUCACUGUCAUUGUCAAAGUGGAAAAAUUUCCUAAUGUCGAUCUUCUGUUCGCCCACUCUAUCGAAUUUUGUGAUAAAGUAGAGAAUAGUGAAUAGUUUGAUAUAGAAUUAGAGAAUCGUGAAAGUUGUAGGCAUUCGAAGUGUACGACGAUACAUAUGAAAAGUGUGACGGGCGAAAGGCAUGUUUAAUAUAACUAUAGAGAAAAAUGGCUUCCGGUGAUGGAAUUGAUUCAAUUGAACUUGAAUCAACAGUGUCAAACUCGAAUAAUAGAAAUGCUGAAAUAUCAAGCGCCGCCCGCACAUCCGACGACAAUGAUAGGGAUCAUGCAUCUGGAGCAGACGGAAGAUCAACAAAUCAAGAGGUAUAUGGAGAGCCAGGACUGCCUCGGACUGAAACGCAUAGAGCGAAAACGGACAAAGAAAAGAAGAUUGGACACAGGCGAGUCGGUGAUGGCGGUCAGAUAACGUACAAAAAAAUUCAAACCAGUACAAUUAUGGGCUCUAUACAAUUAGGCAUACAACAUACGGUCGGAAGUUUGGCCUCAAAACCGAAAAGAGAUUUAUUGAUGAUGGACUUUUGGGAAAUUGAAACUAUAUCUUUCCCACCCGAAGGUUCUAGCUUAACUCCUGCGCAUCAUUUUAGUGAAUUUAGGUUUAAGAUAUACGCACCCAUAGCAUUCCGUUAUUUUAGACAUUUAUUUGGAAUACAACCAGAUGAUUUUAUGAUGUCCAUGUGCUCGGCUCCGCUGCGGGAACUAUCUAAUCCAGGAGCAUCCGGAUCAAUAUUUUAUUUAACUGAUGAUGAUGAGUUCAUUAUUAAAACGGUUCAACAUAAGGAGGGAGAAUUUUUGCAGAAAUUGCUUCCAGGGUAUUACAUGAAUCUGAGUCAAAACCCCCGAACAUUACUUCCUAAAUUCUUUGGCUUAUAUUGCUUUCAAUGCAACAGUAAAAAUAUUCGAUUAGUUGUCAUGAACAAUCUCUUACCAUCCUACGUUAAAAUGCAUUUAAAAUAUGACUUAAAAGGCUCAACUUACAAAAGAAGAGCAUCAAAACAGGAACGAAGCAAGCCUUCUCCUACGUAUAAAGAUUUAGAUUUCAUGGAGCAUCAUCCAAAUGGAAUAUUCUUAGAAGCCGAUACGUACAAUGCUUUAAUAAAAACAAUUCAAAGAGAUUGUACAGUCCUCGAAUCAUUUAAAAUAAUGGAUUACUCAUUACUAGUUGGUGUACAUAACUUAGAUUUAGCAUUAAAAGAAAAACAAGAGGAGCGGAGACUGGCAAAUGAAAGAGCUAGAAAUCCAAGGCCAGAGGAAUCGGAUACGGAAGAUGGUCCUCCACAUCCUGAUCCAUUCAUUGCUAAUGAACGAGAUCGGGAAGAGCGUGAACGUGAACAUAGGGGAAGAGAGCGAGAUGCCGCUGCUGCAGCGGCGGCUGCGUCAGCUGCCCUUAACAGGAGCAGUGCAUGUUACAGGUCUAUAAAUCGACAAAGACUUGUCGCGCAUUCAACAGCGAUGGAAAGCAUACAAGCCGAAAGUGAACCAAUAGAUGAAGAGGAAGAUGUGCCCCCUGGGGGAAUCCCUGCUCGUAGUGAAAAAGGAGAAAGACUUCUAUUAUUUAUCGGUAUAAUAGAUAUUCUUCAAUCGUAUCGACUAAAGAAGAAACUUGAACAUACAUUCAAAAGCAUCAUUCACGAUGGGGAUACAGUCUCGGUAUGCCGACCAUCCUUCUAUGCGCAAAGAUUUCAAAAUUUCAUGGCGAAAACCGUUUUCAAAAAGAUUCCUUCACUGGAUCUCCCCGAAAUUAAGGGAAACCAUAGAAAAUUUCGUACCCUGGUCUCCAGCUACAUAGCACUGAAGCACUCUCCGUCGAAAAGAAAGAGUCUUUCACGUGUUGCUCAGAGAUCAACAGAAGGAGAUUCCGAUAGCCAUCCAGUGGCAGGCACUUCACAUCACCACCAUCAUCAUCACCAUUUAAGUAAUACGUCUCAAAAAUCUGGUCCAACUCCAGCGAUCGCGCAAUCAUCAGCAGUUCUAACAAACACAAAUAAGCAGCCAAUAACAACAACCGCUCCGUCGUCAAAUGUACCACCUCUUAAACAAAAAACAAAUAUAACAAAAUCAAAAGUACCGCCUCCGGUGCCACCUCGGGGAUCGCCAAAGCCGAGAAAAGGACAGACAUCAACAUCUAAUACUGGUGCAAGUUUAGCUAGCCGUGCCUCACCAACAGGCACUGCACCUUCAUGUUGUUCCACACCUCCUCCCGCUUUCGAUGAUAUAUCCGAAGGAAGUUCGCAACGGCACAACGUCGACGGAGGAAGUGAUCGCCGAGCACAACUAAAUACAGCAAUACGGUCCUCUUUUAAGGAUGAUGCUAUCAGAUACGACAGAGUCGAAAAGUCAACGUAUUAUGUUAGUAUUUCAGAAAUACGAUUAGAUACACACUUAGGAGUCGAAUCAUCUUCAUCAAACAGCCAGUAUGGAUCAAGAGGAGCAUUGGCAUGGACUCCUCCAGCAUCUGUAGAAGGGUCUACGCCUACAUGGACUGAAGGCACCCCCAGUUUUACAGACUCAAGCUCCAGCGGAGAAUUAGCCAUUUCCGAAAACUCAUCACCAUUGAAUAUUCCCAGUUCGGACAGACAUAAACCCACAGUGGAGGAUACUCUUAAUUCACUCACAUCAGAAAUGUUGUUGUUGUUAAUAAUGACAAAACACUCUCAGUUUGGGAUAUAUUGUUGACUUAUUUAAAAGAAAAGCAAAUGAUAUUCAACUAGCGCAUUAAUAGAAAGCCACAUACAAUUACUUAACUAGUAAUAUGUAAUAAACACAUUAAUAAUUCAUAAAUCGAAAAUUAAGUAAAAUAAAUGAAUUUGCCAAAGUGUUCAAAUUUAAAAGAUUGCAUAAACUGACAUUUAAAAAAAAACUAUAUACAUCCGAGGUGAACAGAUUAUUAUCACUAUACGAAUAACUGAAAUUGUAUAAACAAGAAAAAAAACUGUACCAUCGACGAGGUUGAUUGAAAACAUACAUAUUAUUUGCUAUUAAACAUUUUUGAAAGCUGAUAAACGAUCAUGUAUUAUGUGAUGAGGGUGGACAGCUGAUUAAGGAAAUUUCCGUUUAGGGAAUAUUGAAUAUUGAAAUAGUGAAUGUUUUCAUUACACUAUAGUGUCUUAGGGAAACGAAGAGUCAUAUGAAAUGAUUUUGUCUAUAUUGAUUUGUAAUAUUUCAAUUCGUUCGAAGCACAACUUUCUACCUUCUGGGUCUCUGAAAUCAUUAUGAAAAUUAGGGUGUAAUGUAUCCUGAAAUGCAAGAUGUAGAGAUGUUUCGGAACAUCAUUGCUCCCACAUAUAAACGAAAAUCUGAAAGUAGCAAAUGCUACACGAAACAUUACUUUUAAUUAUUGUUUUAAUAGUCAUUGUUGUGAUAUUAUUCUCUUUAUGCUACCUUCCUUAUGCGAAUUGUGAUCAAAAACUACGAUGAAUACUUUUUUGAAAACAAAGUAAUAAGUUUAUUAUAGCAAGCAAUGUCCCAACAGAGGUUCCAUAGCCUGAAGGCUUCUUUAGGAAAGGCUCUAUGGUAGCUCUCUCCCUUUAUCAUCAUCAACGGCGCAACGGAACUCCAGUGCUGAGGUCCACCAAUUCGAUAUCCUUACAAGUUGUCUGGCAUCCUGCCCUACGCUAUCGCUCCAUCUGAGACAG